GGGUGGGAGAGAAGAGGAAUUGGAUGUGUCUGUUUGCUUAGUGAAAAUACUGGAAGGACACGAUACCCAGAAAGUUAACAGCACUAAUCUCUGCUUCAGGUUAUCUUGCUUCAGGUUAUCUUUCCUGUAUUUUUCAUAUUUAGUGUCAUUUUUGCAGUCACUGAAAGUUUUGCAUUGCAAUAAAUGUAGCAGUGGUCUACUUAGAUUGGAUACAGCACACUGGGUGGUGGGAGGUCGUUGCAGGGCCACGGCAGGACCGCUAGGUGGCAAGAACAAAGGUGAAGUGCAGGCGCGUCGUGUGUGAGUGUAUAGGGGCGGGGCCUGGACUGUUUAGUCCACUCCCCUCACGUUCCUGCCGCAGGCGGAGGGAAAGGAUGUCUUGGCCGCGCGUGCAGCUGGUGGUCACCGCGGACGACUUUGGUUACUGCCCGCGGCGGGAUGAGGGCAUCGUAGAGGCCUUCCUAUCCGGGGCUGUGACCAGCGUGUCCCUACUGGUCAACGGCGCGGCGGCGGAGAGCGCUGCGGAACUGGCCCGCAGGCACAAAAUCCCCAUCGGACUCCACGCCAACCUGUCCGAGGGCCGCCCCGUGGGCCCGGCUCGCCGUGGCGCCUCCUCGCUGCUCGGGCCCGAAGGCUUCUUCCUGGGCAAGAUGGGAUUUCGGGAGGCCGUAGCGGCCGGAGAUGUGGCCUUGUCCCAGGUGCGGGAAGAGCUGGAGGCCCAGCUGUGCCGCUUCCAGGAAUUACUGGGCAGGAAACCCACUCACGUGGACGGGCAUCAGCACGUGCACGUGCUCCCAGGCGUGUGCCAGGUGUUUGCAGAGGUACUGCAGGCCCAUGGGGUGCUCUUCACUCGGCUGCCUCUGGAGCGCGGACUGGGCAGCUGUACUUGGCUCGAGGCGCCGGCGCGUGCCUUUGCUUGCACGGUGGAGUGUGACGCCCUGGCAGCCGUGGGUCCCUUUUCCCGCAGAGGCCUAAGGUGGACCGAUAUCUUCGUGGGCCUGAGCACCUGCGGCCGGCAUAUGUCGGCUCAUCGCGUGUCAGGGGCCCUGACUCGGGCCCUGGAAGGUACACCCACAGGUCACUGCCUGACAGCCGAGCUGAUGACCCACCCAGGCUACCCCAGUGUGCCACCAGCUGGAGGAUGCGGUGAGGGCCCUGAUGCCUUUUCCUGCUCUUGGGAGCGGCUGCAUGAGCUGCGUGUCCUCACCGAACCCACACUGCAGACCCGGCUUGCCCAGGAUGGCGUGCAGGUCUGUGCCCUCCAUGACCUAGACUCCAAGAGACCCAGGGAAGGGAUCCCUGGCGAAGCCACUCUGGAAACCUUCCUGGAGUCCUCUCAACUGUGACGCUGACAGCCAAGAACUAAUGCCCUAGUGCUCAAGGGAGGGGGCAAGAGCUGAGCUUUCGCACAGCCCAGAACCAAGCCCUAGAGUGGGUUCUCUGACUUCCCUGGGCAGAGUGAUGCCACCUCUGUGACCAGUUCUCAUGACUCGUAGAGUGCAGCCACAGCUUCCGCAAGCCCUCUUGGCCACAGGAGAUUCAGCCUGUGACACCUUGGCCUAGGGCUUGCCAAGCAUUUUGGGCUCUUCACAUUUCCAUGUAAACAUUUUCUUUGUUUAUGUUUAGUGGUGAGAGAUUACUAUUGCCCGGAAAACUUUCACAGACACACAAACUGACAAAAACAACUUCAGGGUGCAAACCUGGUCACUAUUCCAGAAAAGAUAUAUAUAAAACAAGCUCUACUGUCUCA